AACAGGAGCUGGGAAGACGCUGCCCGAGCGGCGCGCUGCGCACCAAGUUUGUCCGCCCUCGCUUCCCAUCACAGGUCGACGAGGCUUUGUUUCAUUUACUGUAUGAAAAGUGUCCGAAAAGGACCGGUUUAGAGCCGCAUGAAGAGGACGGGCGCUUUAAAACAUCAACUACUGUCUGACAUUUCGGAGACUGUGCAGACAAAGCGAGAGAGAGGGGGAGAGAGUGAGGAAGAAAGGAAAAGCGCGACUGAACAUUCAACUCCGAAGUUGACACUUGGCUGUCAUGUUUACUUGUUGAAUAGGCACAGCGCGCACACACACACAAACACACGCAGCCCUUACUGCCCUUACUGGAAACUCUGCUGGGACAGGGCCUGCUGUUUGUGUCAUGAGGUACUGACACUGAAGAGGCAGAGAUGGCAGAGCUGGAGGUUGACCAGUCCCACCUGCCACGAGUCCAGGAAGUGUGCCAGUGUUUUGCUGUGCUGGAGGAUGGAGUGUUGGCACACAGCCUGCAGGAACAGGAGAUUGAACAUUACUACAGCAGCAACAUCCAGAAGAACCAGCUGGUGCAGAAUGACAUCCGCAUGGCCAAGAGGCUGCAGGAUGAGGAGGACGAGCAGCGGGCCCACCAGAGAUCCCUGCUCAGACAAGCCUCCAGACAACUAGAGGAGCAGGACUCGGAGUACGCCCGUGUGAUCCAAGAGGAGCUCCAGAAGUGUGCUGAGGAGGCCUGCAGGAGGGAGCAGGAGGAUGAGGAAAUGGCUAAAAAAAUCCAGGAAGAAGAGGAACAGAGGCUUAGGAGGAGGAGCAGAGGGCAGGACAGCCUCAGUGACGGCAGCACCAGUGGUCCUGCUCUACCAUCCUCACACCACCAAACACUCAGCAGCCCUCACCAAGGAGAGGGGCAGCCAUCUAUCUACCCAUCUACUGCCACCAGGUGGCAGUGUGCUACUUCUCACUCCCAUUCAGACUUCAGUGGGCCUCAGGCUGAGUCCCCCAGGGGGGAAGCAGCUCAGAGAAACACAACUCCAUGGUCAAAUGAAGGACACGCAGAUUCUGUUAGGCAAAUCAGGAAUGAAUUGAGAGAGCCUUUGAGUGAGGACUCAGAGGACUCGGACACAGUUUUCUCUGAACAGCUCUCUGUCUGGCCCCAGCGACUGGAUAAAAGACUCAACACUGCACCUUGUCGACGCCGGGCAUCUUUACAUCAGCCACAAGAGAGAAACUACAGAAGUCUUCAGUCUCACAGCAGCUUCAGAGAGGAGAGCCAUAGAUGCUGGGCACAGGACAGAGGAGAAUGGGAUGAGGACUAUGAAUAUGAAUACCUGAAGGAGAGGAGGCCGAGAAACAGGGAAUGGCAAAGCAAUCAUAGAGAGGAGUAUGAGGAUUGGCACAGGAACAGGAAUCAUGAGAGGGACUCUGGGUUAAGAGAAAAGCGAUGUAGCCGCAGUCAGUCUGUUCAGCUCCGGAACAGGGAUAGGCACAGCGAGAGAGACGCAGCAAGGAACUGGAGCUACAGGGAUAACCCUGACAAACAUGUACAUUUUCAGGAUGACCCCAGGAGAUGUAAUGUCAGCUCCGCUGACAGCAGCCGGGUGUGGGAGAUGCUGGGCCAGGUCCUCAGAGAGAGGGGUGUGGCGGUGAGGCAUGGCAUCCAGGGGGCGCCAUUGCAAGUGAGGCCUCAAAGCAGAGACAGCCAGGUGCUUUAUGGGAGUGAGGCCUCAUAUGGAGAUGGCCAAGCACAUCAGGGGGUCUUCCAGAGAGCUGCCAGCACCAGGCGCAGUUACCAUGGAGAUAUCAGGGAGAGGAGGAGAUUGUCAAAUGGAGAGAUCAGUGAGAGGGAUUAUAGAGGAGGCCAAGAGAGGCACCAUGACAGCCCAGCUAAUGUGGAAAAUGAUGGAGUAGAGGUUAAUGACGAGUGGAGCAGAUAUUCAGGUUUUGCUAAUAGAGAAAGGGGAGGCAGUAGAAGAUGGAGAGGGGUGAGAUCAACUCAGGAUAAUGACAGGAGAGAGGAGGAUGUAAAUUACGAUCAUGAUGGCAGGUCCAGGAGGAGCAGGAGCCAGCGCUGGCAUAGGCACAAGGAAACAGAAGAAAAGUUGAGCUCAGAGGAGGAGUUGGAAGUGGAGAGGAGGGUAGAGCAGCCACGUCGGAGAGUGCCACAGCGUAACCAAAGCCUCAGCAGCACCGGGGCUGCAACCAGGGAUAGGUCAAGGCACACGACAGCAGGAGCUGAAUUGCAGCUUGAGCCAGAAGGGGCGUAUCUGGACAUGGGCGAGCUGCGGCAGGUCCUACAGGAUGAGGAACUGGCCCGCAGGCUGCAAGAGGAAGAGGACAGGCUGUUGAGAAGGAGCCCACAGCCUUCUCCGCAUACUUCUUACCCAGAAGGAGAUUUCAGAAUGGCGCAGGUGGCCCAAGAUGAGGAAAUUGCACGAUUUAUGCAGAAGCAGGAAAUAAAGUCAAAGCGUAGGUCUCGUGAGCUGGAAGGACCUGCAUCAUGGCGUGAACACAGAGAGAUGAUCAGUCACCAUGACAGGAGAGCUGCCAGAGAGAGACAGGUCCAACGGGAGCGACUGGACUCAGAGGGCCUUCCCUCCCCCACUGAGGACUUGUCUCUAGAGAACCAGCCACCCAGCCCUUUCUCCACCAUACCACAAGCCCAGCAGAUCAGAAACAUUGCUGAGGAGCUGGACCCAACCUUCAAAGCCAGGAGGCAAGGCAGCGAGAGCCUCAGAGUGGGACAAACAGGCCCAGCCUGCCAGUCACUUCCCAUUCCACAUUCGGGCUUACAUGAUCUCCUUGAGGAGCCAACCUUCAUCCCACCUACUAAGCGGCAAUGCGACAAAUCAGGACGCACCAAACCCAAAGAGAAGAAGGAGAACUGUAAGCAGCAGUAAUGCCAGAGGCAAUGGAGCCACGUGCAGACAAUAGACAACAGUAGACAUUUUACUAACACUAAAUAUCAGCUCUGCUACACAGUUCUCACAUAAUUACACCCAGUUCUAGGUUGAAAAUUGCACCAAUUCAGUUUUCACUACUAGCAGCUAGCACUUUAUACAUGGAAAAAGAGAACUGGGGGAAAUGAAAUGCUAUACUAUUUCUUUAUUAAGUGACUGGUGACUAAUGACGACACUCUGGGCUCAGAGCUCUAUGAUUUUCAAAGGGAAAAACUGUGGUUAAUUGAAGUAUUCAUUCAAGUCUGCAGUACUGAUGAAGCAGCUUAAUUAAAUCAGCAUACUUUUUUAUUA